CCGCAAAGGACACGGAUCUCCUCCGCCUGCCAUGGAGAGCGUUGUUCACAUACUUUCCCGGUUUUUCAUCCGCUUCGCUCCCCAGCGCUGGCUUGUUGGUCUUUGCAAGUACCUCGAUCGCAAGCAGAAUCCCAUCAAAAAGGACACUCCCCCUGUUGUCAGGCUUCCGGGUGGGAUCGUCAUUAAGUUCGGCCCUACCGCUACCCCAGGCGAAGCAGCAACGCAGCAAUAUGCCUACCAGCAUCUAGAUCCCAAGAUCGUUCGCGUGCCGCAGGUUUAUCGUUACUUCCAGUGCCAGGAUCCUUCUGAACCAGUGUGGCUCUUUGGCUAUCUGUUCAUGGAGCACAUCCCGGGCAAGACGUUAGAUGAACUUGAUGUUGAGGUUUACAAGGACAUGACAGGACGCCUUGCCGGCAUCGUCAGUCAUCUCCAUAGCGUGCGAGGCAGAAACGUCCCUGGCCCUGUGGGCGGUGGGGUGCCCCGAGGCAAUAUCUGGGGCUACCAUGACGCUGAGGCUGAAUUUGGUUCUGUGGAAGACCUCAAUGCAUGGGUCAACAGACGGAUUGCCGUCAUUGGCAAGUCUGUCGACUUUAGAUCGUACCCUCUGGUGCUCUGUCAUUUGGACAUGUGUCGUCGCAAUAUUAUCCUCAUGGAAGACGGCUCUCUUUGUCUUCUGGACUGGGGCUUUGCAGGUUUUCUCCCGCGAAUCUACGAGGUCGCCGCCAUUGAGUUUUACUUUGAUGAAUACUCUAAGAUGUUUCGUCAAUCUGUGAACGAGACUAUUGUGUUGGCGGACCAGGAGAAGAGAGACUUGGUUUUAAUCAAGAGAGCUCGAGCUGCGAGCAUGCGUUGCGCGUUCAAUUGA